AACGGUUGUGCUAGACAGCGGUCACUCUUGGCUUUGUUUCCCUCCCUUUGGAUAGCUGCAUAAAAAUGUGAGACUUAUCUGAAAACUUUAUGUCUAGCAUUAUUAAUGCUUCAUUUAACUUAAGAUAAAAUUUUUUAGCUAAUUUUUGCUGGAGUUCGUAUCGGUUUGUUAGGUUUAAAGGUGUAUGAUAGCUUGCCGGCGGGAGUCAUGGUGUACCGCUACCUCAGUGUGUUCGGUCGCUGUUACCAGCCGCCUAGUUCAGAGGAGUCUCAGCCCCUGAAAGCUGUACCAGAUAACCAGGAGCCACACAAGCCAGACUGUGUGGCGUCAAGAUGGAUCUUCGCCGUACUUGGCUGCGUGGGCUUCAUGAUCGUCUACGGGCUGAAAGUGAACCUGAGUGUUGCUAUCAUCGCCAUGGUAAACCACACGGCCGUAUUGUCAGCCAACGAAGAGUCAGGUGAUCACCACGCAGUCGUCGCCACGAACGAUUCCGAAAAUGCGUGCGGCGUGGAAGAGCACGAAGAGAACCUUGACGACGGUCCGUUUGCCUGGGACGAGAACGUGCAGGGCGUCGUGCUGGCGAGCUACUUCUACGGCUACAUCCUCACGCAGGUCGGAGGUGGCUGGGUGGCUGAGAACAUGAGCGCUAAGCACGUGUUCGGAGGUGGCGCUCUGCUCAACAUCCUGGGGGCGCUGCUGACGCCCGUCGCUGCCAAGGGCUCCUACAUCGUCGUCAUCGCCCUCAGGAUCCUCAUGGGCAUCGGUGGUGGCGUGACGCUGCCGGCUAUGCACGUGCUCAUAGCCAAGUGGGCACCCCCAUCCGAGCGCAGCAAGAUCGCCUCCACCGUCUACGCCGGCAUGACACUGGGCACGUUGGUAACAAUGCCUUUCUCCGGCCUCCUGGCCGCGACUAUCAACUGGGAAAGCAUCUUCUACGUCCAGGGCGCGCUGAGCAUCUUGUGGUACGUCUUGUGGCUCUUCUUCGUGUACGAUUCCCCGUCGCAGCAUCCGCGCAUCAGCCGCUCUGAGCGGCAGAUGAUUGAGUCCUCCAUCGGAGGAGGCAGCCCCGACGCUCCCAAGAUGAAAAUUCCGUGGAAGUCUGUGUGGACGAGCAUGCCUGUGUUUGCCAUCAUCGUGGCACACACAUGCAGUAACUGGGGUUGGUACAUGCUGCUUGUCAAGCUCCCGACCUACAUGCGCUACAUCCUCAAGUUCGACAUCAAAUCAAACGCAGGCUUGUCUGCCGUACCGUUCCUGUGCAUGUGGGUGUUCACGAUGCUUUUCGCCAGCCUCCUGGACUUCCUGCUCUCCAAGAACAUCAUCACCACGACCGUCGCCAGGAAACUCGCUACCUCCGUCGCUUCGGUACCGCCUGCUAUCUGCCUGGUGCUGGUGACGUACGUGGGCUGCAAUACGGAGCUCGCCGUCGUCUUGCUCACUCUGGGCACGAUGUUCAUCGGUGGAAUGUACUCGGGAUUCCUGGCCAACCACAUUGACAUCGCGCCACCCUUUGCGGGUACCCUCAUGGGCAUCUCGAACACCUUCGCCACGCUGCCCGGCAUCGCAGUGCCCUCGAUCGUUGGCGCCAUAACCCACAACAACCAAACUGUGGAGGCCUGGCGGUUAAUUUUCUACAUCACUCUGGGAAUUUUCCUCUUUGAGUUCAUCUUCUACGUGAUCUUUGCGUCCGGCGAACUCCAGGAAUGGGCCAAGCCGAAAUCGGAGGAAAGGAAUGCCGGGGAACAUCGCCUGCUUGAGAAGAAUGAAUCCAAUAAGGCCUGAGCUGGGAUUGUUUGACACCCAAAUAAUGCCUGAGUUCAGGAUAUGGGUGAUACCAGAAGAAUACUGGAACUGGGAUAUGUUCUUUAAUUGAGUAAUGAUUUAAAGUGGAGGUUCUGUUGCCACCGCAAAUUAAGUUUUGUUGACAAAGAUUUCAUUUCAGGAAGAAUUUUUAAUCGUAAAACAACAAUUACGGCGGAAGGUUAUAUUGGACGAAUUUUAAGCGCGAGCAUUUUUUUAUUUGGAGUGAUUUUUCUGAUGAGGGGAGCGUGUAGGAGUUACUGAUGAGGGGUGCGUGUAGGAGCCACUGAUGAAGGGUGCGUGUAGGAGCCACUGAUGAGGGGUGCGUGUAGGAGCCACUGAUGAGGGGUGCGUGUAGGAGCCACUGAUGAGAGGUGCGUGUAGGAGCCACUGAUGAGGGGGUGCGAGUAGGAGCCACUGGUGAGGGGUGCGUGUAGGAGCCACUAAGUCUACAGCGAGUCUCUUUAAUAUCUUUCCAUUACAGAUAUUUUAAGUGAAAUUUCCGACAUUAGGAAAAAUUGGUUAUGGAAAUGAACAUGAAAUUAUUAUCUUCGCCAGUGAUGUUUAAGAAAAUAUUGCGCGUCUUUGGUGAAGUCACAACGGAGGCUGUCUUGUUGCAAUGUGGCAGCUCGUUGAUUUACUUGUAGAUUUUAACCGUGUAGAAACCGAUGCGAAUGUAUCAAUAGAGAUCUGUCUUUAUGUCUUAAAUAUUCCCAUGCUUAAUGAAAAUAAUAUAAUUGUGUAAGAAAUACUAUGUAACCGACAUUAAGAAAUAACUUCUAUCACUUAGUAGUAUGAACGAAGAUUCAAAUUACUUUCCAAGCUGACUACACAUGGUGUCGUAAGUGUCGUCCAAUAUAUCACGUGCUGCCAUCACCGUUUGAAUUCAAAGGUAUGGAAGUUAAAACUGAUGCUACUUUCUAUGGAACAAUCACGCAGUGCAUAUAUUUUGAAAAUUGCAACCCGAAUACAUGACAUGAAACUUGAAAUAGUGUUGAAUUGUAAUAAUGGCUAAUGGAACUCGCUAUAAUACUAAUUAACCUAUCUACAUAGAGCAGCAAAUGAAAUUUGUAUGUACGGACUUGAGUUCAGUGAUUAUUGCGGUGUCAGAUUCCUUCAAGAUAGUAUGAAGGUUUCGUUAAUGAAGUGAGAUUUCUCACUCCCGAAAAUGGACCUAAGGGGUCGUAGAUUUCAAAUUCUGCUGUAAAUAAUAAACUUCGAAUGACUUCAUCAUUCAGCCACUCACAGGAAUUUUAAUGUUCAAAUUUAUAUGAAUCUUAACAAGCCAUCGUUUUGUCACCUUAAAGCGAACCUUCAGUAGUAAAACUUAGAUCUUUGAAAAAAAUUUUGUUCUGUACAUUUUAUCUGUUCCAACCAACUAAGGCGAGGCUGCAUGAAUCCCCCAGGACACUGAAUAGGAUUCCAUCAGAGUGGAAUCCUUGGGUACGGUCGUACGGAAAUGUAUUCACAGAGUUUAUUCAUCCUUCGUGAGAUUUAUGGCGUCCAGGAAAUGAUGGGUUGUAACUCAGGACUGAACUACUUCCGAAUUAGUCAGCCGUUCUAUAACCAUAGUUCUGCACAAUCUUGGCGACGCACCGAGCUUAGCAUAGAAGAUACAUGUUCAUGUAGCGAUAAGAGGGCUGGUAUGAUUUUAGCCAUUACGAUUCGAAUCACUUCUGACCCAAAUUUUAUUUUACUACGAUGGAGUUACCUACCGAUGUAAUCUAUUUAGUAUCAAAUUCAAGUGUAUCUAAUGGUGUUAUGUAUACAUAUAAAAUUUAACUUUGA